AUGGACAUCGGCGGCCUGGAGACGGUGGUGGCCAACUCGGCCUACGUGUCGGCCCGCGGCGGCGGCGGGGGGCCCGGCGACUCGGCCCGCGACAAGAAGCAGCGGGCCCUGCUCCGCCUGCCCCACAUCUCCCAGUGCGAGGCGCUGCGGGCCCGCCUGGGGGGCGCCGGCUCCCACGGCGGCGCCGCGCCGCAGGACGGCGCCGCUCCGCGGGACGGCGCCGCCGCGCCGCAAGAUGGCGGCGCCCACGGGGGCGGCCAUCUUGAGGAGGAGACCAGCUUCCGCUCGCAGUGCCUGGAGCAGCCCAUCGGGAAGCUGCUGUUCCAGCAGUUCCUGGCCGCCAGCGCCGAGUUCGCGCCGGCGGGGGCCCUGUGGGAGGCGGCGGAGGCCUACGAGCGCCUGGAGGCCGCCGAGCGCCCCGCCGCCGCCGCCGCCGCCCUGGCCCGCUUCUUCGGGCCGGCGGGGCCGCAGCGCUGCCCCUUCCUGAGCGCCGAGGCGGCGGCGGCGGCGGCGGCGCCGGGGGGGCCGCCGGGGGCGCUGGGGCCGGCGCGGCGGCAGGCGCUGGCCUUCCUGGAGGCGCGGGCCUGGGCGCCGUACCGCGCCUCGGCCCACUUCGCCCGCUUCGCCCAGUUCAAGUGGCUGGAGGGGCGGGCGGGCGGCGGCGAGGCCUUCCGCGACUUCCGGGUGCUGGGCCGCGGCGGCUUCGGGGAGGUCUGCGCCUGCCAGCGCCGCGCCACCGGCCGCAUGUUCGCCAACAAGCGCCUCAACAAGAAGCGCCUCAAGAAGCGCCGCGGCUACGAGGCGGCGCUGGUGGAGAAGCGGAUCCUGGCGCGGGUGCAGAGCCGCUUCAUCGUGGCGCUGGCCUGCGCCUUCCAGACCAAGACCGACCUCUGCCUCGUCAUGACGCUCAUGAACGGCGGCGACCUCCGGUACCACGUGUACCACGUGGACGAGGCCAACCCCGGCUUCCCGGAGCCGCGCGCCGUCUUCUACGCGGCGCAGAUCCUCUGCGGCCUGGAGCACCUGCACCAGCGUCGCAUCGUCUACCGCGACCUCAAGCCCGAGAACGUGCUGCUGGACGACGCCGGGCACGUGCGUCUCUCCGACAUGGGCCUGGCCGUGGAGCUCAAGGAGGGACAGACCAAAACCCGGGGGUACGCGGGGACCCCAGGGUUCAUGGCGCCGGAGCUGCUGCGGGACGAGGAGUACGACUGGAGCGUCGACUACUUCACGCUGGGCGUCACCAUCUACGAGAUGAUCGCGGCCAAGGGGCCCUUCCGCAGCCGCGGCGAGCAGGUGGCCAACGAGGAGGUGACGCGGCGGGUGCUGCAGGACCCGGUGAGCUACUCGGAGCGGUUCAGCGCGGCGGCGCGGGCGGCCUGCGAGGGGCUGCUGGCCAAGGACCCCGGCGCCCGCCUGGGCUUCAGCGGCUCCGACUGCGCCCAGCUCAAGGGGCACCCGCUCUUCGCCGGCCUCAACUGGGGCCGCCUGGAGGCAGGGCUGGUGGAGCCGCCGUUCGUGCCGGACCCGCGGCGGGUGUACGCCAAGGACCUGGGCGAGGUGGGGGCCUUCUCGUCGGUGCGCGGCGUGGAGCUGGACGGGGGGGACGAGGCGCUGUGCGCCGCCUUCGCCUCGGGCACCGUGCCGGCCGCCUGGCAGCAGGAGCUCAUCGACACCGGCAUCUUCGCCGAGCUCAACGUCUGGGGCCCCCCCGGGGCGCUGCCCCCCGACCUGGACCCCCGCGCCGGGCCCGCCGCCCGCUCCGCCACCUGCCGCCUCCUCUGAGCGCCCCCCCCCCCGAUAAAAGGGGGGGAGACACCCACCCCGGGGUCAUCCCCCCCCCCCCCCCAGAAUGGGGAAAUCCAAAGGGGGACCCCAAAAAGGGGAGGAGACACCCCAACGCGGGGAGACAUAAAGAGGACCCCCAAAAAUGGGGGCAGGAGACCCCCACCCCAGGGUGACCCCCCCCCCCAGUAUGGGGAAAUCCAAAGGGGGACCCCCAAAAAUGGGGGGGGGACACCCCAACAUGGGGAAACACAAAGAGGAGGGGUCCCAAAAUGAGGGGGGGGACCCCCUAGGAGCACCCCCCCAAUAUGGGGAAACACAAAGGGGACCCCCAAAAAUGGGGGGAGACCCCCCCCACGCCAGGGUGACCUCCCCCAGUAUGGGGAAAUCCAAAGGGGACACCCAAAAAUGGGGGGAGACCCCCACCCCAGGGUGACCCCCCCCCAGUAUGGGGAAAUCCAAAGGGGGACCCCCAAAAAUGGGGGGGACACCCCAACAUGGGGAAACACAAGGAGGAGGGGUCCCAAAAUGAGGGGGGGGGACCCCCUAGGAGCACCCCCCAAUAUGGGGAAACACAAAGGGGACCCCCAAAAAUGGGGGGAGACCCCCACCCCAGGGUGACCUCCCCCAAUAUGGGGAAACACAAAGGGGACCCCCCAAAAAUGGGAGGAGACCCCCCCCACGCCAGGGUCACCCCCCACCCCCAAAGUGGGGAAAUCCAAAGGGGACCCCCCCAAAAUGGGACCCCCCCAAGUACCCUAACCAUGGGGACCCCCCCCGGGGAUCGCAGAAAUGGGGGGGAGCCCCAUGGGGACCCCCAGAAAUGGGGGGAGCCCCCUAAGUAUCUCCCAAAAUGGGGAACCCCCCCAUAGGGACCCCGAAAAUGGGGAGACACCCCCCCACCCCCCCAAAAUGGGGGAUGGGGCCCCCCAAAAUGGAUGGGGCCCCUCCAAGCGCCCCCAAAAUGGGCCCCCCCCAUGGGGACCCCCAAAAGCCCCCCCCAGGUCGCCCCCAAACCGGGGGGACCCUCCAGGGACGCCCAGCCAAAGGGGGGCACCUGGGGACCCUCAAACCCAGGGGAUUCGCCCCCAAAAAGGGACCCCCCCCCUUCCAGGCCCUCUGCAAAUCUCAGGGACACCCCAAAAACGGGACAACCCCCCCCGGGGGGGCACCCAAAACUCAGGGACACCCUGAAACAGGGGCCCAGGUGUCCGGGCCCCCCCCCCAAUAAAUUGUGGUUGUUGCU